UCUCGUUUUCCUCUUUAAUCGCUUCUUCGUAAAACGUCUUUCAGUUUCAGUUUAUUAAUGGAAUCUUGGCUGAUAAUUUAUACUCAUUCUCUUAAAUUCUUCAAAACGAUUUCCAUUUCAUUACUUUUCUCUGCAUUGAAAUAUUUAACUUCUCCCUUUCCUCAUGCAUUUUUGCCUCUUUACAAUCAUUUACAAAUGACCCGAAAUAAGUCGAAGCAAAGGAAAAGAAAAGAUAGAAAUCAGGAAACGGAAAAAGUUAGUAACCAGGGCGUGAGUAAAGACAAGAACAGAUCCACCAAGUAUGAGGUUAAGAUGUCCAGAAGGUUAGUUUCUAUCUUACGACAUAAUGCUAUGAAGUUGAAUAUUAAAAUGGAUGCAAGAGGCUUUGUUAAAGUAAAUGAUUUACUCAGGAGAAAUGAAUUUAAGAAUUUAGAUCAUAAUGCCAUCAAACAUAUUGUGGAAACCAAUGACAAGCAGAGACUUUCUUUAAAAUAUGAAGACAACGAGCUAUUAAUUCGAGCAAAUCAAGGUCAUUCAAUCCAUAUAGAAAAUCUUGCUUUGAAGCCAAUAUUAAAAGGAGAGAAUUUCGAUAAUGUAAUUCAUGGAACCUAUCUCAAAGCGUGGCAUAGUGCGAUCAAAAAGGAAGGCCUGAGCAGAAUGAACAGAAUGCACAUCCAUUUUGCCAUUGGAGAACCCGGUGAACGUGGAGUGGUUAGCGGCAUGCGCUCAUCUUGUCAGGUUAUGAUUUAUUUAAAUCUGGAUUUAGCUUUAAAUGAUGGACUGACAUUUUUCUUAUCCGAGAACAAUGUAAUCCUCACUGAAGGAGAUAAGGAUGGAUUUGUUAGACCAAAAUAUUUCCAAAAAGUCAUUGAAAGAAAGUCGAGACGAUGUCUUUUUACCCAAUAAAUGGAUUCUUUACGUUUAACGUACCCUUUUUUACUUCAGUAAAUAGUUUCACAUUGUUUUUCUAAUUCUUUGUAAUUCUAAACAGCUAUUUUCAUACUUAUACUUUUGUUGCAUAUAUGAAUUUUCCUAAAGUCCUCUCCCCAUCUCAAGAUUUUCCCCACAAAUUACUUUAUAAUCGUAAUGGUAAAAUUAUUAAUUGUUGAUUUAUUAAUAAAUUGAUAAACCUUUACCCUUUUAAUUGUAAUAUAUAUAUAUAUAUAUAUAUAUAUAUAUGUAUGUAUGUAUAUAGGUAAUCUUUCAGUUUCGAGGGGUUAAAUAAAUUACAAGGGAAAUAACUGAACGUUUUACCAGUAUUAUCCGUACUACUUUGUUUAUAAAUAAAUCACGUGAUUUGAUUGACGUUAACUGUUUAUAUAUAAAUCACACACGUGAUUGAAUAUCAUAGUUUCUUAUGAGAAAUCGAAAAUGCCUCGUGGAAGACCGGCUGCACAACAUCUAACCCUAACCCUAAACUUUU